CGAGACUGCCACCAGUAAUAUUGACAGUUGUCAAAAGCCAAAAAGCGGCAUUAGAAAAAUUGUAUUUUUAUCAUAAUUUCAAGUUGGUUUUUUUAUUACAUUUCCUCCGGAAAUUUUUAAAGUUUCUGCUAAGCUGUUGGCAAAUUUGAAUAUACGAUAAGUUAUUGCCGAAAAUUGUGGGAAUUUGACAAGUGUAACUGAUUUAAAGCCGUUUUUGCGUAGGGCGACAAAAGCAUGGCUGAGUAUUUGGCGUCCAUUUUCGGCACCGAGAAAGAUAAAGUAAACUGUUCGUUUUACUUUAAAAUUGGAGCAUGCCGUCAUGGGGACCGCUGCUCCCGUAUUCACAAUAAACCAACAUUUUCUCAGACAGUGCUGCUACAGAAUUUAUAUGUGAAUCCGCAAAAUUCAGCCAAAUCAGCAGAUGGCUCCCACUUGGUUGCUAAUGUAUCGGAUGAAGAAAUGCAAGAGCACUACGAUAACUUUUUUGAAGAUGUCUUUGUUGAAUGUGAGGAUAAGUAUGGGGAGAUUGAAGAGAUGAACGUGUGCGAUAAUUUGGGUGACCACCUAGUUGGAAAUGUGUACAUCAAAUUUCGUCACGAACAAGAUGCAGAAAAGGCGGCGAAUGAUUUGAAUAAUCGCUGGUUUGGUGGUCGUCCGGUAUACUCGGAAUUGUCGCCGGUUACUGACUUUCGUGAAGCCUGCUGCCGUCAAUACGAAAUGGGUGAAUGCACCAGGUCUGGAUUUUGCAAUUUCAUGCACUUGAAACCAAUUUCCAGAGAGUUACGGAGAUACUUGUACUCCAGACGUCGACGAUCACGUUCUCGUUCCCGCUCACCACGUCGUCGCCGCUCUCGAUCCCGUGAACGUCGCCGUUCCCGUAGUCGUGAGGGUCGCGGCGCUGGUGAUGGCCGUAAAGGACGCUACUGAUUUGAUAAUAUUAAUACUUAUUUGAUAUAUAUUGAUGUUCCAACAAUUUUAAAGGCAAUUGAAAUAAGAAUUUUUCAAUUUAUUUCCAAUUCGUAAAAAAGAAUUCUCUUGACAAUAUAUAUAAUUUGCUGGUUAUAGAUCGUGAUUCAAUUAUAGAAUUGAAUUAUGGUUAUACAUAAACAACCCCAACUGGCAACUUAGAACUCUUGUAAGAAAUUUAAACCCUUCUAAUAAAAAAAUAAUUAACUAGAACUA